AUGGACGUCACCCCCAAUAGGCGAAAGAGAGUUCGACAUUCCGAAGGUGACCACCCCCAUCAUCGAUCUGACCGGAAUGCCAAACGCGACCGCAAAACCAGGGACGAAAGAGAGGGUACCAAAUUGAAGAAGCGCGAUCAAGAGAUGGAAGAUGAUUUCGAAAACGGUGGUGUUGCUAUGGGAUCACCACCUGCUACUGCGGUGUCUCCUCCUCCUUCCUUUCCUAUUAUUAAGGUAUCAUCGAUUUCUACCACAAAUAAUGAAAAUAAUAAUUUUACCAUGUCUCAUGAAGUUACUGGAAAAUUUAGUACAGAUGGAUCAUCAUCUUCAAUUGCUGGAAAACUCUCUAUUCAUGCCUUAGCUAAGGCAAAGAAGGUUUUACAAAUGCAAAAAGACUUGUCGGAGAAGCUCAAGAGAAUUCCUCCUCCAGCUACUACUGGUGUCACAACUAAGGCUGCUCAUGUUCUUCGUCUUGACGCCCAUGGACGGGAAAUAGAUCAACAUGGGAAUCUUGUUGUUAAUGUAACUAAGCCAACCAACCUCAGCACAUUAAAGGUCAACAUUAAUAAACACAAGAUAGAUGAUGCAUUAUUUGAUUCUAACCCUCAUUUUGACAACAGUAUUGGCAUCAACAAAACAAAGCUCAUGCGCCCCAAGAGGACGAAUUUUCUGUUUGUCCAGGAAGGUAAAUGGUCAAAACAUGCUGAAUCAAUAAAGUUGAAGAGUAAAUUUGGAGAAGCUCAAGCAAAAGACCACAAGGCCAAACAAGCACAGCUAGCAAAGGCAAAAGUUGCUCCUCAUAUAAAUCCCAACUUAAUAGAAAUUACAGAGAGAGAUGCAAUGAAAGAAAACCUGAAGGAUCCAAUUCCAGAAGUUGAGUGGUGGGACGUGGCACUUUUGCAUUCUGGAAAUUAUCAUGACAUAGACAAAGAUAAACUGAAAAUGGAAAAAAUCACCUUUUAUGUGGAGCACGUUCUCCCCAUUGAACCGCCUGCUCACCUUGCCCCUCCACCACCUCAACCUCUCAAGCUAACCAAACAGGAGCAAAAGAAACUCAAGUCCCAAAGGCGUAUAGCUAAGGAGAAGGAGCGACAAGAUAUGAUUAGACAGGGUGUCAUAGAACCGCCAAAACCAAAGUUAAAGAUGAACAAUUUAAUGAAAGUGCUAGGGACCGAAGCAACUCAAGAUCCCACUCGGCUUGAGAAGGAAGUACGUAAUGCAGCUGCUGAGCGUGAGCAGGCUCACAUAGAUAGGAAUAUCGCACGCAAGCUUACUCCUGCCGAGAAGCGUGAGAAGAAGAAAAGGAAGCUGUUUGAUGACUCAAAUACACCGGAUAGACUUGUGGCACUUUACAGAAUUGACGACCUCUCUCAUCCACAGACUCGCAUUAAAAUUGAUCGUGACGCUCAAUAUAACGAGUUGACCGGAUGUGCUGUGAUUUAUGAUGGUAUUAGCGUUGUCGUGGUCGAAGGUAAAACCAAGACGAUUAAGAGGUAUGGAAAACUAAUGCUCAGACGUAUCAAUUCCGAAGAUUCAAAUGAUGACAAGCCUGCCAACAAGUGUGUUCUGGUGUGGCAAGGAAAUGUUGCCAAACAAAACUUCAAUAAAUUCAGUGUUCAGGCUUGCAUCACUGAAGCAGCUGCUCAAAAAGUGUUUGUGAAUGCUGGGGUUCCUCAUUAUUGGGACCAUGCUGUCAACUAUGAAGAUGGCGGUGCUGCUUGA